GCAUAGCAGGCAGCGUGGAUGCCGGAAUUGAAACAUCGUUGCCUGUUCCUGCGUACUAAAGCAAAACUCGAAUUUUGCUGCUAUUUUCCUGCGUUUUCGUUUGCAUUCUAAGUGUGGGUCCUGAGCUGAGUGUAGCAGGACAGAGUAUAGAUAGAUAGUGUGGUGUAUUUAACCUUUUAACAUGGGAGGCUUUGCAUGGGUCACCUUAGCUACAAAUGACUCCUAUUCUCUAGGAGCUCUUGUUUUGGCUCAUUCUCUAAAGCAGGCUGGAACUGCACACCAAUUGGCUGUUUUAGUAACCCCUGGUGUCACUAGUGCCAUGAGGGAAAAAUUGGCCAAUGUAUUUAACGUAGUCCAAGAAGUCAACAUUCUUGAUUCAAGAGACGAAGCUAACUUGCGACUCCUGAAGAGGCCCGAAUUAGGCAUAACAUUUACGAAGUUACACUGUUGGCGGCUCACACAGUUCGAGAAAUGCGUAUUUUUAGAUGCCGACACUUUGGUAUUACAAAAUGCCGACGAACUUUUUGAACGAGAAGAACUUUCAGCAGCCCCAGAUGUGGGAUGGCCAGAUUGUUUUAAUUCUGGCGUUUUCGUAUAUCGUCCAGCUCUUGACACGUUCGAGAAACUCGUUCAAUUUGCUCUAGAAAAAGGAAGUUUUGAUGGUGGAGACCAAGGACUUCUCAACUUAUAUUUCUCAGACUGGGCACAUAAGGACAUAAGCAAACAUCUUCCAUUUAUCUACAACAUGUGCUCAACUGCCUGCUACUCGUAUCUUCCGGCUUUCAAGCAGUUUGGAGCCCACGCCAAAAUUAUUCACUUCAUCGGUGCCCAAAAACCAUGGCUUCAAUAUUUUAAUACUGAAACCAAAAAAGUGCAACCUUCUGGCGAUUCUUCUCAUUUACAAGCAGUCCUACAACGCUGGUGGGACAUUUUCUGCACCCUUAUCCAUCCACAUUUGUCACCUGCAAUGGCUGGUUUGGCAGCAGCAUUCUCUCAGUUGACUUUGGGCGUGCCAAGGACUACAGAGCAGGACGCUUUUGAAAACGUUCUUAGAAAACAAGCCUGGGAAGUUGGCAAUGUCGACUAUUUAGGAAAAGAUUCAUUUGAAAAUAUUUGGGAAAAAAUAUCUCAAACUUUAAGCUCUGAGUCUUCAGAAGGUCCCCCACCUCCAGAGCCUAAGCCCGCUCCUGCCGAAACCCAAAGCCAAACAGCCCCGCAAGAAGAGGCUCCCCAGCCUCCAGUAUCUCCCCCAGAAAUACUUACCGAUAAAUCUUCUCAAGAUUCACCUAAAAUUGAUUCUUCGGAAUCUAGUUCCCCCGUAGAAGUUAACAAAAAACCCCGAAUUUCCCCUGCUACUGAAAUAGUUCAGACGACCUCAACCCCAGAUCAGCCAAACAUUGAAACUGUCACUUCUACCGAUAAAUCAGAACUACCUACUGAUCCAAUUAAAAUAUCUGAGGAUCCAGUCAAGGCACCAGCAGCACCAAAACCUGAACAAGUUACAGAAGCACCUUCACAAGUUGAAGAAGAAAUAAAAUCAGCACCAGUUGAGGAGUCUGCUCCAGUAGAUUCGAAACCUGCGCCAAGUAAAGAUGAGCCACAACCAGUUCAAGAAGUAUCACCAGUAAAAUCCAAACCAGAAGCUCCUUUAGAAUCAAAAUUAUUAGAGGAAGAACCACUACAUGCUGCUGUGGAAGCAGCAGUAGAUGAAAAAGUAAGUCCUAAAGAAGUUGAAUUACCUGCUUUAGAUAAACCUUUGGAAACUGGUGAACCGAAAGAACCACCUAAAAAAGAAGAAACUCAAACUGAGCCCAAACCAGCACCAGUAGUAGCUGGCGUUGACACUGCUCAAGCACCUACAGAAGUGGUUUCAGACCCAAUAUGUCCACUUUUACCAAAAAAAGACUCACCCGAGGAACUUAAGGAAACUGCUGGCGCAGAAUUAAAACAACCUUUACAAGAAACUGAACAAACAGAAACACAAGCUUCGCCAGAAACUAAAGAAGCAGCACGAAGCGAACCACCGAAAUCAGAAACUUCAGCUGCCGUAGAAAGGCCUGAGGCUAUCACACCUAGCGAAACUCUUGCCGCUGCUGCGCCCCCAGAAUUAGAUAUCUUGAAAGCAUCUGCCUCCCCGAAAACAAAAGUGACUGAACCUACCCCGCCAACAACUCCCAGUACUCCCCCAUUGGACAAAACAAAGGUAGCAUUGUCAGCCGAAGCAAGUGUCCCUGAAACACCUCCACCAAGUGAGGGAGGUUCCACACCCACACCUCCACCUAGAAAGACUGACAAGCCAAAAAAAGCAGCAGCUAAGCCAAAGAAAUGAACAGCUGAUUUCGAUUCACUUCUGGUUUGCCAUUUAAAUUAUUAUUGUUUAGCCCGUGUGAUUAAAACUUAAGUAAUCGAUGUUUUACUAUUAAUUUUUUUUUUUUUUAGGUUUGAUAAAAAACAAAUAUUUUACUAAUAUAUCACACUGACUUUCUUUUGUCUGUUUAUAUUAAUAAAUGAGAUGAUUUUAUAAUAACA